UAGCUCCAGAGGGCAGGGAAAGCGCGGACCGGAGUAGACGGAACCGGACCGGUCCGUCCCGAGGCGGCCGCAGAGGAGGGCGCCCGGUGAAGCCUGGUCCGGGGCUGCUCCGCUCCUGGUCCUGGGGGCGCUGCCCGAGCCCCCGGCCCGGAGGAGGAGAAGGGCUCGCUCCUCACCGGCACACCCCGCGCGCGCUCUCUCGCCCCCAGCCCGGUGCCAUUCACUGCCUCACGCACACUCCCUGGGCGACCUGGAGCGGGCAGCGAAACUGAGGCGCCCCACGCGCCCUGUAGCUCGGCCCGCACUCGGCCCCCGCGCGCGCGGCGAAACUGGGGCGCCGCACACCCUCCGCGCUCGGCACUCACCCACCCUCACACUCACUGGUGAGCGCGAGCGAGCCGGAGAAACCGAGCGCCGCACACACCCAGCGCCCGGGACACGGGGGGCCACAGUCGGGCGUCGGAACUUAGGCCAGAUACGGGACCCCCCGCCCCCCGCACACGCGCACGCUCCCUCCCCUCCCCCACCCCCACACGGCUGGCUCCGGGCAGCGGGACAACGAUCGAUCGAACCGAGCCGCGACGCGGGGCGCGCUCCCGGAGUCCGUUGCGCGGGGCCCUGCCCUGAGAUCGGUGAGGCUGACCUGGCUCCAUCCCGGGGGAGGAGGAGAAGUUGAGACCGAUCGUGGUUUCCACCCGACCCGUAGGUGUCAACCGUUACCUACGUGCGUGCGGAGGCGAAUGGGCCAGCACGUGUGAAGGGGAGACGUUCGGGCCCAGCGAGAGAUGGUCCAGGAAACUCCUGAAUUGGUACCUGUGUCAAAUGCACCUAAUUGAUGGAACAGCUAUUUCAGAAUGCCCCCUCUGCUAAAAAUUAAAAUAAUUCCAUUGCACAUAACAGACAGGGGGUGGAAAAUUACUGUUUUUGCAAAAGUAAACUACAAAAUUACUAUACUUACAAAAAUCUUCUGGAAAAACAUUUCAUGCUACUAAGUUACCAGAGGAGUAACCCUUUUUUGACCUAUUGCAAUUGUGUGAAGAGAAUAAUUGCUAUUUUAGAAGAGGACUUAUAUAUGUUAGAUUGUUUUUUCUAACAAAUUGUUAUUUCAUAAAAAUCAUGAUGUGAUCAUCAAAGAGGAAAAAACCCAAUAACUGAAGUCAGUGUAUGUCAAGAUGACCUCUGAAGAAAUGGUAGCUUCUGUUCCUAUGACACAGAAAAAAGUGAUAGUUGCUAGCUCAGCUACAGAUGAAAGUAGUGAAAAUGUCUCAGAUAUCAGUGUUAUGAAAAGACAUACUAAUAAGCCAAACAAAGAAAUCCCUCAUACUCUCUCAUGUUUAAACAGAUUUAGAGAAGAACCUAUUGAAAAUUCAUUGCCCAAUAUUUUCUCAGUCUCAAGUAAAGAAGCAAUCAGUGAUAAGAAUAUCCAUGAAAACUUUAGGGAUAGAAGCAUGGCAGAGUCAAUGGAAUAUAUUAACAUUAACUGUAACAACAUGCCUAAUAACUGCCAGAGUUCAUAUAGCCAUUUCUGUAAGUCAUGUGACUCUAAAUCAGAAGAAAACCUGUGUUUGGAUACUGGAAUUUCAUCUUCACUGGAAAGAAACAUGUUUCCUGGAAUUAAACUAGAAGUUGAUGACUCUUCAGGGGAAACAAAUCCUAUAAGAAGUCAAUCAGCAAUUAUUCAGACUAACAAAGGUCAUAUUGAUAAUAUGGCUAUAUUUCAUUUUCAUUAUGCAGUUCAGAGAAAUGCAUCAAAGACUUUUUGUACCAUAUCUGAUGGCUUAAUUUUAGAUGAUUGCGGCAACUGUGUACAACUACCAAAUGUUAGAGAUGAUCAAAAAGACAAUUACUCAGCAUAUACUUGUAGCUUAAUGGAAUUGACAAAUGAUUAUGACCAUAAGAAUGGACUGAAGAGAUGUGAUAACUAUGAUACCUUAAGAGAUAAAUAUUUAUGCUUAGAAAGAUCUUGCCAGGAGGUUAAAAUGGCAUGUUCAAAUAAAAGUUUCUGUGGUGAUGAUUUUCCUGGAAGAAUGCCUACCAAGCCCUUUUUGAGUCAUUUGGAAGAUUGUACUGAUAAUUUUGAAGAAGAUUUUUUUAAAAACAAAAAGGAGCGAUCCACUUUGUUAAUUAGAAGAUUUUGCAAAAAUGAUAAGGAAGUUAAAAAAUCUGUUUAUACAGGAACCAGAGCAAUUAUGAGAACCCUGCCUUCUGGGCAUAUAGGACCUGGAGCUUGGAGUUAUAUUGAGCAGAAAAGAAGUUAUGACAUUAAGAAUUUUAGCAGUUCAGAGAAAACAGCAACAGUACAGAUUAAGCAAGAUGUGAAUCUCUGUCUUGGAAAAUCCCAUUGGUUUCUGCUUCACUUCAAUCCAUUUGUGAAGCAAAACUUGCAAGUCUCUAUUAAGGGUAAGUAGUUAUUAAAUGUCAAUAUUGUUAGUAAUAGAAUUGUAUUUAAAAAAAAGAAAAUUGUAAAGUGAAAUUAGGUAUAAAGAAUUCAUGUCAUCAGUUUCUAAAGCCUUUGAAAAUUUCAGAAAGAUCCCCUUCAAAUUCUCUAUUACUGUCUUCAUUGACUUCCUUUUUUCUCAAUAAGCUUUUUUUUGAAUUACAAAUGUUAUCUAUCAUUUCAAAUUGUAAAUAUAUAAUAAUGUGGUUGUAUUAUGAGUUAAGUAGACUUUAGUAGACUAGCCUCAUAAUUACCCAGAAUGUGUAACUUGUUUGUCUAAGAAAAAAUGCUAAAUAGCUGAAAGUCUUCUGGAAUACACAUUAUUUAUAAGUCCUAUGUGUCCUGUUCUAUAAUAGUUUGUCCUAUACAAUUAGUUAUUUUAUUAUCAAUCAAUAAGUAUUUAUUAAGCAAGUAUGUAUGCAUGUUUGUGUUAAUUGUUGGAAGAUGGGGUACCAUAAACAAUUUCAGACCACAAGACAAUUAAAAUGCAGGAUAGUUUACAUUUAAUUGCAUGAAAUGUAUAUUGCAUACUACUAGGCCCUUAUGAAUUUUUUUUGUCUUUUUAAAAUUAUUAUUAU